CUGCCACGCCGCGCGGCUGAGACCCGGCUGUUCCGCCGCGGACCGGACCCUCACCCGCCGCCGCGCUGCUCCACUGACCGGCCGUCAGGGCACGUGACCUAAGUGGUGACCUGAGUGGCGACCUGAGUGGUGACCUGAGUGGCGACCCGCGCGUUAACCUGAGCCGCCAUGGUGGUGUACGGCUCGCGGCUGGUGCAGCUCGCCAGGCGCCGGGACGGCUCGUUCGGCUUCAGUGUGCGCGGCGGCCGCGAACACGGCACCGGCGUGUUCGUCAGCCAGCUGGAGCCCGGCUCGGACGCCGAGCUGCACGGCCUGAAGGUGGGGGACGAGGUGCUGCGUGUGAACGGCCUCUCCGUGCAGAACGCCACCCACCGCGAGGUGGUGGGCGUGAUCAAGAGCAGCAGCUUCGUACAGCUGCGUGUCCGAGAUGUCGGGCUGCUGCCAGUUAAAGAGUAA